AUGGCGGAGAGCGAGGCCGGCACGCCGAGCACCCCCAUCGAGUACGAGAGCCGAUACUUCGACUUCGAGGGGGUCCGGCUCCCGCCCUUCUGCCGCGGGAAGAUGGACGAGAUCCGGAGCUUCGGCCUCAGGAGCAGCGACAUCUGGAUCGUCACGUACCCAAAGUCCGGCACCAGUCUGCUGCAGGAGGUGGUGUAUCUGGUGAGUCAGGGAGCAGAUCCAGACGAGAUCGGACUCAUGAACAUCGACGAGCAGCUCCCAGUGUUAGAAUAUCCCCAACCCGGACUCGACAUCAUCCAGGAGUUGACUUCUCCUCGUCUGAUCAAGAGUCACCUGCCGUAUCGUUUCCUCCCCACGGCCAUGCACCAGGGAGAGGGCAAGGUGAUCUACAUGGCUCGUAACCCCAAAGACCUGGUGGUGUCGUAUUACCAGUUCCACCGCUCGCUCCGGACCAUGAGCUACAGAGGAACCUUCCAGGAGUUCUGCCGACGCUUCAUGAACGACAAACUGGGUUAUGGUUCGUGGUUCGAUCAUGUGCAGGAGUUCUGGGAGCAUCGUUCAGACUCAAACGUCCUGUUCCUCAAAUACGAAGACAUGUACAAGGACUUGUCCACGCUGGUGUCAGAUCUCGCUCGGUUCCUGGGCGUCUCGUGUGAUAAGUCUCAGAUGGAGGCUCUGGUGGACUCCUGCUCCCAGCUCAUCGAGCAGUGCUGCAGCUCCGAGGCCAUGACCGUGUGCAGAGGGCGCGUUGGUCUUUGGAGAGACGUCUUCACCGUGUCCAUGAACGAGACGUUUGACGAGGUCUACAGGGAGAAGAUGGGCAAAUCAGACCUCGACUUUGACUUUGAGCUUUGA